AUGAGUCUUGAUCCUAUUGCUAUCUAUAGUUCUCCUUCUGGAGAGAAAGAGUUCACAUCUGGUGAAGGUCCUCAUACUACAAAUGGUAAAACAACCCAAAUAUCGGAUAUAGUGAUCCAAGCUGGUGGAGAAGAUCGUGACAAGCCUAGUGAAGCCAAAGAUACCAAUUUGGGCCAGUUAAGAGCUAAGCUUACCACCGUGCAAGAUCAGGUGAAUCAGUUCUUGACUCAACAAAUGAACCGGGUCAAAGAUGCGAAGACCGAGGCUGACGACAUUGAAAGAAGAAUUUUAGAUGAUGGUAUUGAUGAAGAUAGUGAUUAA